CUCGAGCCCUGAGUUGUGGUGAUGUUUCUGCCCACAUACAACACUGACAGUAACCUACAUACUUACGUGCGAGUUUCAUGUGUCUGAUCCCGAACUGUCCUUCAUAAUAUAUUUGAUGUCUGUCCGAGUGCAUUACAUCAAUGUGUGAUAUUAAGAAGCAAUAAUACAAACAGGGAGGAUGCACGUGGUGUUGGUGCUGCUACUGACGUCACCAGCGUUGUGUGACAAGUUCCUGUUGGGUUAUCUGACAGGCUCACAGCGACGACCUGGGGACAGAGAAUAUCAGCGACCAGGCCUUACCAUCUCAGGUGCGAUCAGCUUGGCCAUAGAAGAAGUUAACAGUGGCCAGCUAGGAUCACUAGGCCACUCUCUAGACCUUGUAGUGGCCGAGACGUACGGCGAGGAGACGAGCUCCAUCCGCCAGGUUGCAGCUCUGUGGACCAGGAACGUGUCUGUGUACAUCGGGCCUCAGGAGACGUGUGUACAUGAGGGCCGCAUGGCAGCUGCCUUCAACCUGCCCAUCAUCUCUUACUACUGCACCAACUACGAGACGACAGACAAGCGUCAUUUCCCCACAUUUGCUAGGACGAGGCCUCCGGACACGCAGAUAUCAAAGAGUGUGGCCUCUGUCUUGCUGGCCUUCAACUGGACUCAGGUGACGUUCCUCUACUUCAAGUCGGAAGAGAACGAAGUUUUCACCAAGAUCGCGUCCACCAUCCUCACUGUACUAGAGUCCUCGGGAGUUAAGGUUCUGUUCACGAAGACCUGGAGCACUCCCUAUCAUCACAAGUACAGCGAGAACCCCUUCCACACCCUAGUGCAGCAGACCUACCGAGACUCCCGCAUUUACCUUAUCUUAGGCCACACGUAUGAACACAUUGGGCUGAUAGUCGCCAUGGAGGAGCUCAAGCUUUUUGACAAUGGGGAGUACUGGGUGGUAGGUGCAGACAUAGAGCAGUACGACGGCGACGCCCCAGAGAAGUAUCUGGGAGGUCUACUGAGGGACCAGUCCGACCCUGUAGCGGUCCGAGGGUUCCGCUCCUACCUGGGGGUCGUCCCAUCAUCUCCUCGGGGAUACGACAACUUCAGCCUACUGGUCAAUGCCUACAUGGAGCGGCCGCCGUUCAACUUCCCCAACCCUGUCGACAUGGUUGGUGGCGUCAAGCGAAUAACGGCAGUAGCGGCAUACCUGUACGAUGCUGUACAGCUCUACGCCAAGGCGGUGUUGGAGAUAUUGGAGGAGGGAGGCAACCCCUACAAUGGCACAAACGUCAUCAACCACAUCAAAGGAAGACACUACCACAGCGCCAUGGGGUAUAUGGUGUACAUGGAUGAGAACGGAGAUGCGGCUGGAAACUAUACGAUAAUCGGACGGAGACCACACCAUCUUACUCCUGGAGAAUUUGGGCUCUACCCUGUGGGACUCUUCACGCUAGCUGGCACCACUCCGGAGGUGAAACUGACAGAGGAGUUGGACUGGGGGCCGAGGGGGUGCCCCCCCAUAGCCGAGCCCCCCUGUGGAUUCAGAGGGGAGAAGUGCAUUACCCACACUAUGGAGAUCCUUGGUGGUGUUGUGGGUGGAGUUUUGGCCAUCAUGACCAUCGUGCUUCUGCUGCUCUACCGCAACUGGCGCUACGAACAGGAACUGGAUAGUCUGCUGUGGAAGGUCGAUUACAAGGACAUCCAGAUGAAUGACGAGCAGUCAAACAAAAUCAAUCGUGCUUCUCACCCUCUGAUCCGCACUAGUCAAGUCUCGCUCAGCUCUAACCCGGACGCGGACUUCCGAUAUUCGUCUAUCUACUGUCAGAUCGGUGUAUAUAGAGGCAGAGUGCUCGCCGUCAAAACUGUGCACAAGAAAACCGUCGACAUCACGAGGACCAUGAAGAAAGAGCUAAAGACGCUGCGGGAUCUAAGACAUGACAAUCUAAAUGCGUUCAUUGGAGCUUGCACUGAACCUCCGCACAUCUGCAUAGUAACCGAGUACUGCACCAGAGGAAGCCUCAAGGAUAUAUUAGAGAAUGAAGACGUCAAACUUGACAAUAUGUUCAUAGCUUCUCUGGUUGCAGAUAUCAUAAGGGGUCUUAUAUACCUCCAAGACUCACCACUGCACUACCACGGGAACCUCAAGUCGUCCAACUGCCUAGUGGAUUCUCGGUGGGUCGUGAAACUGGCGGACUUUGGUCUGUCGCAGCUAAAAGGAGAUGAGGAGACACACCAUCACUACCUGCAGCACACCUUCUACACACCUCAGGACGAGACUGUACAGUGCAAAUGGUUGCUAUAUCGAGCACCGGAGCUGCUCAGGAUAAACACGGCCAGUCCCGGUCCUGGGUCUCAGAAAGGGGACGUCUACUCCUUCGGGAUCAUACUUUACGAGCUGCACAGCCGAAAGGGGCCUUUUGGGGACACGACUGGUCUGAGUACUGCAGAAACUCUACGGAGAGUGAUUCAUUAUUCUGGCCAAGGACCACCGUUUAGGCCUCCAUUGGAGCUUUUGGAAAACAGUUUCGACUUUGUACGUGAUCUCUUAAAAGAAUGUUGGCAAGAAAGUCCUGAUGACCGACCUGAAAUCAAGACUGUACGAGCAAAGCUUCGGCCAAUGAGGAAAGGGAUGAAGCCAAAUAUAUUUGAUAACAUGAUCGCAAUGAUGGAGAAGUAUGCGAAUAACUUGGAAGCCUUAGUAGACGAAAGAACAGAUCAGCUUGUGGAGGAGAAAAAGAAAACAGAGGCGCUCCUGUACGAGAUGCUGCCGAGGUACGUCGCCGAGCAACUCAAGAGAGGACACAAGGUCCAAGCCGAGAGUUUCGACUGUGUCACCAUCUACUUCAGCGACAUCGUGGGCUUCACACAGAUGUCAGCCGAGAGCACACCUCUGCAGGUGGUUGAUUUCUUGAACGACCUGUACACCUGCUUCGACUCAACGAUAGAGAACUUUGACGUCUACAAAGUGGAGACUAUAGGAGAUGCUUACAUGGUGGUGAGUGGUCUCCCGGUCCGCAACGGUGAUCAGCACGCAGGAGAGAUCGCCACCAUGUCACUACACCUACUGGAGGCUGUGAGGAGGUUCCAUAUCAGGCACCGUCCCAACGACAGUCUUCAGCUCCGCAUCGGUAUACACUCCGGCCCAGUGUGUGCUGGUGUGGUCGGCCUCAAGAUGCCUCGCUACUGCUUGUUUGGUGACACAGUCAACACCGCCAGCAGGAUGGAGUCUACGGGAACUGCCCUGAAGAUCCACUGCAGUUCGGCAUGCAAAUCACUACUAGACCGUCUAAAGGGAUACAAGCUUCUAGAGAGAGGUACAGUAGACAUGAAGGGCAAAGGAGAAAUGCUCACCUACUGGUUGGUGGGGGAGGAACACGAACAUCAAAUUAGAAGAACGGAAGAGAGAGAAAAGAGAAGAGCAGAACAAUUGAGCCGACACUCAACGAAAAAGAGUUUGAAAAAUCAUGACUCCAACGGAUGUGUAGGAGUGCCUAGAAGUUCUCUCAAGAACCGGAACUUGACGCUGACUCCUAGCCCGAGGAACCUUUCGAGAUGUGCAAGCUUGGAGUCCCCUAAGAAGCUGAGGUUUGCAAGCAACCACACUUUGGAAUUCACCAACCCUAACCCUUACCAGAGAUGCAGUAGGGAUCCUCUACUGGAGGUAAUUAAAGAUAACAGCCCGAGUAAAAGGACUCUGUCACAAAGUGGGAGUGAUAUGGGAGAUAACUAUUGUCUCAAUCAUCUUAGCGCCUCCUGUCCCUGUAUCGAGAACUUCUCUCCUCCAUCUUCCCAACUACUUCCACUGACCGCGGGAGAGGGAAGUUCUACCAGUGAGCCCACCCUCUGCGCCUCGGCCCCCGUCUCCCCCAGUGACGUGGAGUCUCCCCUCGUACUCUCUGUCACCAGGUCUCCUUCUGACGAGGUCCACACUCCUUUACUACCCAGCUACGAGCUCAGGGCUCACUGAUCCUCGGCCCCCGUCUCCCCCAGUGACGUGGAGCCUCCCCUCGUACUCUCUGUCACCAGGUCUCCUUCUGACGAGGUCCACACUCCUUUACUACCCAGCU